AUGGAUGUAUCCAGCCAAACUGUACCUUCUCUUGCAAACAGAUCUUUACAAAAGCCUACAUCCACGCUUCUUGGUAAAUGGGAACUUGCCCUCACCUGGUACCUGAAUGCUCACGUAACAGGGACCACGCCGGAGGAUGGACCUGCCACUGAAUUCCUGCAGCCGGGGGAGCGCCAGCAGAACCAGCGCGGCCGCACCGGGGCGCGGGGAGGAGACGGAGCGCUCGGGAAGCUCCCCGGCCGGACGCGGGGAAGCGCUGGCGCGCCUUCGAGGGGUCGGGAGGCGCCGGCGGCGAUCGGGCGGCGGGAGCCCGGCGGAGGCUCGGCGGAGGCUCGGCGGAGGCCGGCGGCGCAGCAGCCCCCGCCCGAGCCCUUCCCGCCGCCCCCCGCCGGGUAUCCCUUCCCGCCCUACGGCGGCUCCUACCAGCCCAGCCAGGGCAGCGAUGACGACUGGGACGAUGACUGGGACGACAGCUCCACGGUGGCCGACGAGCCGGGCGCCCUGGGCAGCUCCUACCCCGAUUACGAGGCGGCGGGCGGCGGCGCCUCGGGCCGGUACCGCCUGUCCACUCGCUCCGAGCCCUCCCUGGGCCCCCGCGGCGCGGGGCACCCACCGGGACACCCACACCCGCCCGGCGGCGGCGGCGCCGCCAAGAGCUCGGCCACGGUGAGCCGCAACCUCAAUCGUUUCUCCACCUUCGUCAAGUCCGGCGGAGAGGCCUUUGUGCUGGGCGAGGCGUCGGGCUUCGUGAAGGACGGGGACAAGCUGUGCGUGGUGCUGGGCCCCAGGGGCCCCGAGUGGCAGGAGAACCCCUACCCCUUUCAGUGCUCCAUCGAGGACCCCACCAAACAGACCAAAUUCAAGGGCAUGAAGAGUUACAUCGCCUACAAGCUGGUGCCCAGCCACACCGGGCAGCAGGUGCACCGCCGCUACAAGCACUUUGACUGGCUGUACGGGCGCCUGGCUGAGAAGUUCCCUGUCAUCUCCGUGCCCCACUUGCCAGAGAAGCAGGCCACUGGCCGCUUUGAGGAGGACUUCAUCUCAAAACGUCGCAAAGGCUUGGCGUGGUGGAUGGACCACAUGUGCAGCCACCCCGUGCUGGCUCAGUGUGAUGCCUUCCAGCACUUCCUCACCUGUCCCAGCACAGAUGAGAAGGCCUGGAAGCAGGGCAAGCGCAAGGCUGAGAAGGAUGAGAUGGUGGGUGCCAACUUUUUUCUGACCAUCAGUGUCCCCACAGGCCCUGGGGCCAGCCUGGACUUGCAGGAGGUGGAGAGCCAGGUGGAUGGCUUCAAAGCCUUCACCAAGAAGAUGGAUGAGAGUGCCCUGCAACUUAAUCACACAGCCAAUGAGUUUGCCCGCAAACAAGUCACUGGUUUCAAGAAAGAAUACCAGAAGGUGGGGCACUCCUUCAAGUGCCUCAGUCAGGCAUUCGAGCUGGACCAGCAGGCCUUUUCAGCUGGCCUCAACCAAGCCAUAGCCUUCACUGCAGAAGCCUAUGAUGCCAUCGGGGACCUCUUUGCAGAUCAGCCCCGGCAGGACCUAGAUCCUGUGAUGGAUUUGUUAGCGCUAUAUCAGGGUCAUUUGGCCAACUUUCCAGACAUCAUCCAUGUGCAGAAAGGAGCCCUUACCAAAGUAAAGGAGAGUAAGCGGCACGUGGAAGAGGGGAAGAUGGAGCUCCAAAAAGCUGAGGGCAUUCAAGAACGUUGUAACAUUAUUUCUUUUGCAACCCUUGCAGAAAUUAAUCAUUUCCACAAAAUUCGUGUGAGGGACUUUAAAUCACAGAUGCAGCAUUUCUUACAACAGCAAAUACUCUUUUUUCAAAAAGUGACACAAAAGCUAGAAGAAGCUCUUCACAAGUAUGACAGUGUUUAGUCUCUGAUUUCUGGACUUUGAUCAGCAAGAACGUGACCCAGGCAGCAAAGCAAAUGCUGCUGAAGAGCUGUUGCUGGUGGUAAAUGGCGGUACAGAGAUGGGUUUAUGUUCACCUGGAACCCGGGUUUGAUCUCCGAUUAUGUAGAAAGGAAACAGUUAUAGGGCUAUGUAGUAGAAACAGUACCACGCAUUGUAACUAAGUUAUACUGUGUAUGCCUACACCAUUGUAACUUUUUUGAAAUAAUGAGUAUACUAUUUGCCUUAUUGCUUUUUGAAAUACAAUAUCUUAGUGCAUACUUCUAGACCUCAAAGCCCUUUGGGUAUUUAAGGAAGUUGGCUAGAUAGAAGCCUGCUUCAGAUGCCUUUUUACUUUCCUAGAUUUGGAUUUCCUAACUUCAAACAAUUCUCUGUUUACAGACUCCUACUAGAGCAGCUAUGUGAUUCUGUGCCUUUAGACUCUAUUCCUUUUCUAGUAAGUCACAUUUUUAUGAUUAAAUGAAUGAAGGGUUGAUACCUUUGACGAGAACUGAUGAUGAAACCUCACACUGACUGGAAAAAAAUCAGCUGCCAUCCAGUUUGCAUAGCAAGUACUUUCUCAUUACAAAUGUUGGCUCAAAAGGGAAAAGUUAAAUUUAUUCACACUUUCCCUGGAAAUCGAGAUUACUUGUUACAUGUACUAGGAUGUUAAGCACAUGUACAAAAAUACACCACUUAAUUCCCUUUCUGAAAUAAAUAAUACAGUGAGGGGUGAGGUUCGUUGGUUUGUUUUUUUGGUUUUUUUUUUUUUUGGUAUACAGCAUUACUGUAAGUGAAAAUUUGAAGAGCUAGCCUAAUAAAAAUUGCAUAUAUCAAGGGGAUAUUAAUGCAUGCUACGUGGCUGCAACAUCUUUUUAAAGUUUCAAAUUAUUUGUUCUUUGUUCAGUUGCUGAUUCAGUUUAGCUUCAGACUUGCAUCUGCAUUGCCAGUUGUCUGAGUUGAAACUCCACUGUGAUUCAUUAGUUUACUAAGUUUAAAGUUUUUGGGGAUUUUCAGUAAUAUAAAUGGUCUGAAGUCUUGGCUGAACUGACUUGGAGAACAGGUGGCACUUUUAUGUUUGUAACACUCAAGAAUUAACAAUUGUCUUAAUUUUUGUAUAAAUAUUUUUGACAAGCAGGGUGCAUUUAUAUAUAUGUAAACACUAUCUUUUAAAGAGGUUUAUAGCUUAUUUCCCUUGAAUUAAGUCUGAAGUCUGUAUUUCUUACCUAUUGGUUUCCUUCUUUUAGGUCAGUAUGAAAGACGGUUUUUGUUUAUCCUAUAUUUUUUCUCCUAAACAAAAAUAACAAAACUUAGUGAGGAAGCAAAAUGUUUACUUUUUUGUUUUAUUGAAUUAAUCAAAAAUAGCUUAAACAAAUGAAAGCCUGGAAAAGGAAGUUGAGCAACAGUUAACGUUAAGUACAAAUCAUUCCUCACCUAUGCAGCAGAAAUGUGCAGUUCUUUCACUGUGAGUGAAAUGUAGAGUUUCUGUAGUUUAACCCUACACCUCUGUUUCAGAGGAAUAAUAUGUAAGAAUGUAGUUUUGGUUCUAAGAUUCAUCCCCAAAUCUUUGGAGAUGGCUGUUUUGCACAAGCUGUGUUUGGCGGUGCUUCUAGUGUAUACAUAAAGCAGUAAAAUACGGAAUAAUGAAGAGGGGAAAGCAAGUGUUUGUAAAAGAAAGGACAAUCAGUGAGAAAAGACUCAAUUUCCAGCCUGUUGAAACAGUUCUGCAAACAAGAUUGACCAUAAAAUAAGGACCACAGUUGUAGGACUGACUUGCUCUUUACCUUCCUCAUGGUGUCUCAUUCUACAUUCAAAACUCACCACUUCCCCUGACAGCUCUUCCCAGCAGUAGUCCUGCUUUGCCAUAUGUCAUUUAAUUGCGUGACAGAGUGAUGAGCUAGGUUUGAGCUGAGUUCCAUGGCUAAUGUUUGCUUAAGCCAGAUACUGUUUUAGUAAAUGUCUUUACAGUAAUUAGAUCAGGUUACAAUCAAACUGAUUCUACAUGGAGGUAUUAAGACCUGUUCAGAAAUUGAUCUUGGUUCAGCUGAAUUAUUUUAGGAGGUUAGUAUUAAUGACAUGUUUAUGUCCAGGAGGAAAUUAAGCUGUGAUAUGUAUUCUUACAACAUUAUCAGACAGGUACAGUUUUCCCUAAUAAACUGUCAUGGCCUUCACCUUACUUUCUCAUUUGUGAAUUUAUUUGGGCACAGGAAAUGUAGGUGUAGUAAUUCAUUAAAUUUGAUGUACCAGAAAGUGAUGACUGGAAUCCUGGUUUAAAUUGUUGCAGUGUACAGAAAGGUUCAAGUCUAUAUCUGUAUUAGCAUUUUGCUCUUUUCCUCAGUUAUCAUAGAGUUGAAGUUGAACUGGCUGAUGGGUGGAGCACAAGGAGUUACAGUAAAGAGUGUUGCAUCAGACUGGUGACCAGUGGGGUUCUACAGAGCUCGAUCUUCACAGCCUUCAUAAAUCACUUGGACACAGAACUCAAAGGGAUGGAUAUUAAUCAUAAUGAGACUAAGUUGGGAGUGACUAUGGACUCCCUUAAAGGCACAGAAGCCCCACAAAGAGACAUGGACAAAUUAGUGGGAUGGGCAGUCACCAACCAUAUGAAAUGCACCAAGGGCUGGUGCCAGAUUCUGCACCUGGAUGGGGCAGCCCUGGAUGUACAGACAGACUGGGGAAUGAGAGGCUGCAGAGCAGUGCCAUGGAAAGGGCCCUGGGGUUCUGGUCCAUGGCAAGCUGAACAUGAGCCAGCAGUGCCCUGGCAGCCAGGAGGGCCAAGCGUGUCCUGGGGGCAUCAGGGAGA